AUGUAUAUAAUUUUUUUUGCAAUAAUCAAGACCAUAAUAGAUGGAACUGUUCAUCGAGGAGCCGAAGCAGAAAUAAGUAUUCACGAUUUAAAGUUGCAAAACAAUCAGUACAGUAAAAGUCAAAUAUGGUUAGAGAAUGGAUCUACAGGUAACCUCAAUAGUAUACAAGCUGGUUGGGCGGUGCAUCCAAGGUUAUACGGUGACAGCGUCACACGAUUAACAAUAUAUUGGACUGGAGAUGGUUAUCGAAAAACAGGAUGCUACAAUACGCAAUGUCCUGGCUUUGUGGUUGUAAGUCAAAAACUCUUUCUUGGAAAGGGAUUUUGGGGGUCAUCCAUAUAUGGUGAAACAAGCCUUACCUUUAACAUACAAGUUAAUCAGGAUCCCAACAGUGGAAACUGGGUACUUCAAAUAUCUAAUGAAGUGAUUGGUUAUUGGCCUAAAGAAUUGUUUACUUACUUAAACAAAGGAGCUUCUCUAACGCGGAUGGAUAGGUGUGAUGGCUCUUAUUCGCCUCUCAAUUCUGGAUCCAGUUUCAGUGAUCAACCACCUACUAAAAUGGCACCACCAUUUCCUGUUUGCAGUUAA